GUGUCAUUCUGUGACGUCCAUUGUUGACCAGUCUGAGUAAACAAUGGCUCAUUCCUACUCAUUCAACUCCGAGAAAAAUCUCUACACAUGUGGACCUUCAGCCUUAUUGUCCGUCGGUAGCUAUUUCAUUUCAGUUAUAAAGGCUGAAUACAAAGGCUCAUGGUCCACGACUUUUCUGACACGAUUCCGCGCGCUACCCCCCUCACACUCACUUGAAUGGACUCAUUCGAUAUUCUUCAUACCGUUAUAUUCCCGCCAGACGUCUUGCCUGUCGCAGACGUUGAGCCAGAAUUAUAUUCUUGCCUUCCUCUCGACGAGGACUCACCAUAUUGGCGCCCCGGCACUUAUUGCGUCAUUUCGUGAUCGAUAUUGCAUGUUGACAAUCCAAUGCAACUAUUUAUUCUGUUUUUUUAUCCGUCUGCUCAAACUCACUCUUUUCAUCCCAACGCGUCUCCUUGCGCUCGCGACGCAGUGUAUCCUUCAUCACCAUUGUAGCGAUACAACAUAUUUAUUGUUCGCCUUCGUCACUUCGUUGACCUUCGAAUUCGCCUUUCUCGUUGUACAUAUUUUUAUUCGGUUGUGGAAUCUUGAACGCUCCGUCGCGUUGCUUUUUCAGAACAAAUGGGCUGCCAGGGGUGGCCCACUUUCGAGCUUGUGGGCAUGCUGUGGGUCGUCUGCAGCCGCAGGGCUGGGGUCGAUUACCACAUUUAUUGAUACGUAUACGUGUUGCACCUAUCAAUAUAAGUAUGCUAAAUAUACCUCUAUCAAUUUCUCAAUCAACAAAGUUGGAGCUCAAUGAAACUGGAUCAUCAUCAUCAUCAUCAUCAUGCACCAUGAUUUCCGCAUGGUGAAGGCGGGAAAGUUUAGUCCGAGAUACCACGUUGGACACAGACACCGAC